GGCUUGUGCGCUUCAAUGUCAAGAGGCCUCAUUUUCAUUUCUGGAGCUUGUGGUGUCCCAGCUCACCCUGAAAUGACUACAAAAAUCAUUCAUUUCAUGGUUCAUGGGAAGGCGGAGCAGGCCGAGUUAGGCGCAGACUGCACGGCUGACGACGUCAAAGACCUGUUCCGAGUGGCGGCAGACGCGGCUCCUCAUCACAUCCUGAAGAUGUACAAAGCCAAUGGCAGCGUGGUGAAUAUCUCGCCCAUGCUGGAGCCCAACAGCCAGGACUCGUACUACCGGCUGGAGGUGGUGGCGUCUGACCUCCAAAGCGUUGCCAUGCCUGUUGAGGUGGACAACAUGGAGCACAGGCUGUGUCACCUGGAGACCAAAGUCCUCGAAGAGUCAGGGAAGACGCCAGAAAUCAUUUGUGAGCUGAAGGGUCAGGUGGAGUCCUUCAAGCGCAAGCUGGAGAGUGUCAAGCACCUGAGCUGGAUGGGUCUGUUCAGGGAUGAGGGCCCGCCUAAAACCAGAGGGCCUCAGCUGAGCAUGGUUGAGGAACGCCAGCAGGUUCGCAGGAAGUUUCUCAACAUGAGCUCUCUGCAGGUGACAGAAGAAGUGAGGGAGCAUCUUAAAACUCCCAUUUUUGACAACUGGCAGUGGGAGGCGGCGGAGAUGCUGGUGCUACUCCAGGUGAUGUUCACCGACCUGGAUUUCCUGACGGUGUUCCACAUCGAGCUGGACGUCCUCCAGAACUUCCUGUUUGAGGUCUACUGCCACUACAACAAUAUCCCCUUCCACAACUUCCAGCACUGCUUCUGCGUCACUCAGAUGAUGUACGGGCUCAUUUGGCUGACAGACCUCAGGAACAAACUGGCUAGGAUUGACCUUCUGAUCAUGCUGACCUCUGCCCUGUGCCAUGACCUCGACCACCCCGGCUACAACAACGUCUACCAGAUCAACGCUCAGACGGACUUGGCUCUUCGCUACAAUGACAUCUCCCCACUGGAGAACCACCACUGUGCCGUUGCCUUCGGCAUUCUGUCCAAGCCGGAGUGCAACGUCCUCAAACAUCUCACCACCGAGCAGUACAAACACAUCCGUUCAGGAAUGAUCAAGUGCAUUCUGGCCACCGACAUGGCGAGGCACAAUGAAAUCCUUAAUAAGUUUAAAUCCAUCCAGCCAAAAUUUGAUUUCAGAAACAAGGAUCACAAGGAAGUGUUGAUGAAAAUCAUGGUGAAGGUGAGCGACAUCUCCAACGAGGCAAGACCGAUGAAUGUGGCCGAGCCCUGGCUGGACUGUCUGCUGCAGGAGUUCUUCAACCAGAGCGACACAGAAAAACUCAAAGGGCUUCCAGUCACUCCGUUCAUGGACCGGGACAAAGUAUCCAAGCCGACCUCCCAGACCAGCUUCAUCCGCUUUGUCCUGCUACCACUCUUCAGCGAACUCACCAAGCUCUUUCCCUGUCUAGAGCAACAUAUUCUGGAACCAGUGCAGAGAGCUCUGGAAUACUACUCAGACCUGGAGAAAGCCGUCCAGCAGCAGGAGGUGACCACCAAACCCUGAUGAGGACGACAUCGUCAGAUGAUAAAAGUUCUGUCCUAUCAAUCGUGUGAUAGUAGGUAAUGUUGAAAUAAACAUGUCGUAUGCAGAGCCACAAGUGUUAAACAUAUUUUACACCACUACUUUAGAUGAUUUUUAUUUUCCAUCGCUGCAUUUACAUGUCUGGACCAAAGUGCAAAUAUCUGAUAGUUAAAAAUAUUAAUGCAUCUCUAACUAAAGAAAAAUAAAUUAAAUCACAUGAAUACACAUUUCAAUACAUUCUGUUGGCAUUUGAAGAAAUUCAGCUCAACAUUUAGUUUUUCUUCUCACUUUUUCAGUCCAGUGUGACAGAAAUGAGCAAUUGACCCACGUUAUUUUUUACCACGAUAUAAACAAACCUAGGACAUGGCAGUUCAUGGCACACAAACACUGACCGUUUACUUAUGGACGUACAGUAGGUAAGUUAGGAAAGUGGGAAGCGUGCAUUUUCUCAGUGUCGUCGCCCUUAUCAGUGUAUUGGAUUACAUUGCAGUAACACAGUGAUUAGAUUGACAGCAAGGGUGUCCAAAGUGCAGCCCAGGGGAAAUCUUCAGCCCACAGACUGUUUUUUAAUAAAUAUGUCCUAGGCAUUUUCUGAAAAAUAUCAAUUCAAUAUUAGUGAUAUUCUAUUAGAUAUUUCACUAUUUGCUCCGUCACAUUUAACACAAAGCUAAGAUGUUGAUGUUUUUGUUCAGAUAUACUGUAUUGAUUGACCUAUACUGGAUUGUUUUUAGAAUCUAUGUACAGUGGCCUCUGCAUUCCUAAAUUGUUUUGGUAAGUGGCCCUGGUAGAAAACAAUGGACACCCCUGUAUUACAGUAUUAAAACUUCAUUCAUCACAUUA